UUCUUUUCAGGAAACGAGCUUGUAUCGAGCUAUUGAGUCGUGAAGAUUUAUGAUACUCGGAGAUACGAAUGAUAACUUAAGCGAAGUGUAAGAAUGACGAGGACAUAGAAAACAAUGUGUACUACACUUGUUGAAACAAAAACCGAAAGAGUGAAAAAAAAAAGGAUGACCGAAUGAGAGAGCAACAAUGGUGCCAAUAGACAAAAUCUAUGGUGUUGAGGUCACCGUGAAAGUGAAGUGGGAAAGAUAAAGGCUAGGCCUUAUGGAUCAAGUAAACGUGACAGUGAACGCAACAAACAACGCGACAGGCGUCAAAGAUGAAGAAUGGACGGACUCGGUGGCAUUCAAGAUACGGACCGCUAUACUACUGCUAAUCGUCAUCAUGGCUGUGCUUGGCAACUUACUGGUCAUCGUCAGUGUUAUGAGGCACAGAAAACUGCGCGUAAUCACCAACUAUUUCGUCGUAUCCCUUGCAUUCGCUGACAUACUGGUAGCGAUGGUCGUGAUGCCGUUCAACUUCAGCGUGCAAUUCUACAACGAAUGGAUCUUCGGCACUGUCAUUUGUGAUCUGUGGAAUUCAUCCGAUGUCUACUUCACGUCUACGUCUAUAUUGCAUCUGUGCUGCAUAUCGGUGGAUAGAUAUUACGCUAUCGUUAAACCUUUGAAGUAUCCCAUCAAAAUGACUAAAAAGAUGGCGUUUGUUAUGUUAGCUGCAACGUGGCUGAGUCCUAUAACAAUAUCAUAUGCUCCUAUAUUUAUGGGUUGGUACACCACUAGUGAAUACAUCAGGACAAGAGUGCAAAACCAAUGCGAGUUUAAAGUUAACAAGCCAUACGCAGUCAUAUCAAGCUCCAUUUCCUUCUGGAUUCCUUGUACUAUCAUGAUAUUCACCUACUUGGCGAUAUUCAAAGAAGCAAACCGCCAAGAAAAAGCUUUACAUGCACGGGCAGGCAAUGCAAUGUUAAUGCAUCGACAUUCUAGAGAAGUUGGUGAUAAGAAUGGUGCACUUCACAUUAAUGCCACCACUCCCACCAAAGAUAGAAAUAUCCUUAAAAUGAAAAGGGAGCAUAAAGCAGCCAGGACCCUGGGCAUUAUCAUGGGAGCUUUUAUUCUAUGCUGGCUGCCUUUCUUCCUAUUUUACUUGUCCACCUCGUUAUGUGAUACUUGUGAAUAUCCAGAAGUUUUGACUGUAAUCAUGUUUUGGACUGGUUACUUCAACUCCGCGUUGAAUCCCAUAAUCUACGCGUAUUUCAAUAGGGAUUUCCGAAAUGCAUUUAAGAAUACCUUAGCCUGUGCGUUCUGUAGUUUCUGUCGUCGUAAUUCGAUGGACUCUGAUGCGUUGGAGAGGCUGGACAGGCGUAGUUCGACUCAACUAAGAGUGCCAAUCUCCUCAAGAAGACAAUCAGAUCUGGCAUCUCUUUGAGUGUCGCCAAAUUUUGAUGUGACUACCGUUUGACGGGCCUAGUGAAUCAACGAAUAUUACUGUACUUAGUGAAAAUUUUAGUGAAAUAAAAGUUCCUUUGAUUGAAGAUAAUUUAUUUUGUUGUAGAUAAGUUGUUAGAUGUAAGUGUGUGAGUUAAUUUUAGUUUCAUGUAAAUACGUAAUAAAUGUUAGUAAGGGCGAUUGCCAAAUUGAGAUUUGUAUUGUUAGUUAUAGAAAUUUUAUAGCUGUAAUUUAAUAUAGAAAAGAAAAUAAGCAAUAAGUAGCUUAAAUUUAGUUACCGUAAUAGGUGUAAUUACUGUUGAAAGACUUGAAAUUUUCUGUUAAUUAGGCGAUUGUGUACAGAACGUUCGAGACAACCUAAUUAAAGAGAUUUAGGCAGAAUAUACUUGCGAUUCUAAUAUGAAUAUUUUUAGUUGUAUUAAAAAUACGAAUCAGAAAAUUUAUAAGUGAGACACAUAAAAACUGAUUAUAUAUAUAUGAUUUUUAGAAUUACAGAGAAUAUAACUUAUAAAAAAUUAAUCCUUAAUCAUAAACAAGUUUCGAUCCCAAAACCAUAGAAUCUAUAUUCAUAGUAACAAAAUCAAAAGGUUAAAGAAGAGAGUAACAUUUUUAUAUUAAUUCUUGUGAAAAUGGCAUUGAUUCAUAGUAGAACAAAUCCUUUAUUUCUCAAUGUUAGCGUAAUGUUUUGUUCGACAAGUUGUAAAACACUGAACAAGCUAGUCUUUAGAAAUGCUUUGUAAAUAUUUAUACUGUAAAUAUUUUAAGAAAAAGACUUUUAUUCGUGGUCAAUCGCUCUUUACACUAUAUUUAUUUAAUCGGGUUCAUACACGUACUAUUAAUAUAACAAUGUAAUCCUAGUGAUAGGUCAUACGAUCGAAGCUGUUUUUUUUAAAUGUAAUAAAAUCCCAAGUCUAACAUCAUAUACCGCACCAAUACAAAUUCAUGGCAAAGUUAAAGUAGCUAAAAAUCCUGCGCUUACUAGGUUUAGGCCCAUGUGUAUUAGUGCGCCAAGAUUACGAGCCGAUCCUGUUUUAUUUUUAAUUUUAUAGGCGGCAAACGGGCAAGAGGUUCACCUGA